AUGACCCAAUUGAAUGAUAUAUUGUUUUGCGCCUCCGAUCGAGCGGAUGAACCGUCCUAUCUGUUUCAACUCGCUUUACGGACAUUGCUAGACGCUGAGCAGACCAUCGAAGAAAUCCACGAUUUGAUGGUUCCGCUCUGGACUUCUAAAGAAGAAGAUCAAAAUACACAAGAUUUGUCCCGCUUUCGAAGUCGAUUCACCGAAAAAAGGAUUAUUAGCAUGUGGAAAAGCAUAGAGAUUCUGUUUGGCGCGUAUACAAAGCUCUUCCCUGUCUGUGGAAUUUUCAAACACGUCGAUGGAACGGUCGUCGAAUCUCUCAGAAUGAGGUCGUUCAAAGCUACCAGUCGUGCGAGAGACAAUAUCCAGAGGCUCAUCGAAUGGUUGGAUCUAUCCGAUUUCAAAAUCCUUCAAAAUGUUUGGCAGUCCACAGUCAACGAACUUCACAAGGCGCUUCAGACCCUACCGGAGACAUUCGGUCAAGAAAUUCAAAAAAUGGAUAGGAAUCUGACGAUGUUUAGACAAACCUACUCUGACUGUAUCCUGGUUUUGAAGCUGUUGACGAUCUUCAUGAGAAAGUUGACGAGGGCGGACAAUAAGGAACUUGCGCAAAUGCCCCCCAAUCAGCAUGUGGCCCUCCUCAAAGCAACGUCGACGUUUUCAAAAGGCCUCAGUUCUCUUUUAGCUGAUAUGACCAGCAUCCUUACAAAUCCUGGGUUUCGCAUUGCCCCAGCGGGUCCUGUCGCUGGCACCGUCACUCAAGCGAUGAAGGUUUUGAGUCAGUACUUUGACCUGCAGGAAGGUUCUCAGCGGGUCUUGGAUCGCCGUGGAUUUCGCGACUGGUCUGCUCAUUGGAAUACGCUUUUCAAUAUGGCCGUCAAGCGCUUUCAUACUAGCCACCAGAUCGCAUUCGUCGAAUGGUCAAAUGCUUGA